UUCAUCAGUCUUCUCCAUGUUCAUCAUCAUCAGUGGCACAUUCGUUAUAGCCGAGGAUAGAGCACCAUCCAGGGGUAGGGCAGCCGAACCGAGUCCCUGCGGUAGUCAUGGCGGCGCCGUUAGCCCACUUCGAUGAAGACUGGCAGGAUUUCAACGAAUUCAAGUCGGCCUCAGGGUCGCCGAACCGACUAGACCAGCUGAACUCGAACGUGGCUGACACGGGCCUGGCGGAGGAUUUCUCGGACAUCGACAACAGCUUUUCGGGGGAGAUAUGCAGCUUCAAAUCAAUGGAGGACCUUGUCCACGACUUCGAUGAGAAGCUGACAGUUUGUUUCCGAAAUUACAACACUGAAACUGAAAACAUAGCCCCCAUUAAACCUAUCACAGAAGAUAAUUUCCUCAAGGACGACGACGUGUGGAAUGCUCUGACCGAUAACUACGGCAAUGUGAUGCCAGUGGACUGGAAGACCUCUCACAUUCGCUCCCUGCAUCUCCCCACUCUCAAUCUCUGUGAGCAGAGGAAGCUGGACAACAUGCCACUUGACCUGUCUGAUGAUGAGGAGCUGAGGGAACAGAUGGACAUGCACUCCAUCAUCGUGUCCUGCAUCAACGACGAGCCACUCUUCACCGUCGAGCAGGUGAUCGAGGAGAUUGAGGAGCUGAUGGAAGAGUCUCCAGACCCAGAGGAUGAUGAGAGCCCGUCCCAGUCAGACCUGUCCAUGCUCUCCCAAGACCUCAGCAACCUCAAACGCUCCAGCUCUAACACCAGCUAUGAGGACCGCCUGCAUCGUCUGUCAGUCUCAGAGCUGAGCGAGGCCUUGGAGGAGGUGGAGACUGCCAUCAGGCGCUACAGUGAGGAGCUGAUCCAGGCCCUGGCCCUGAGGGACGAGCUGGACUUUGAGAAGGAGGUGAAGAACAGCUUCAUCUCGCUGCUCAUCGACGUGCAGAAUCGGCAGAAGGAGCACCGCGAGCUGCUCCGCCAGAAGAAGAAGACCAGGCCCACAGGCAGCGCUCCGAGGGCAGACAGGACACACAUUCCUGGGACGUAUCUGACCACAGUUAUCCCCUAUGAGAAGAAGGCUGGCUCCCCCUCUGUGGAAGACCUUCAGAUCCUCACCAAGAUUUUGCAUGCAAUGAGGGAGGACAGUGAGAAGGUACCCAGCCUCCUAACAGACUACAUCCUCAAAGUGCUGUGUCCCACAUAGACCUAGUGGAGGAGCCCCCUGUUCUAGAACAUUCUGACGGAACACUCAGGAGCUGCAGAUUUCUGGAACAUACCAAUGGAAGGAGAGCCCCCCACCCCUCGAAUAAGGUGGACUCUUCCUGUUGGAGUUUUUCCCCCGCCACAUCUUUUCCCUCGACUUAUGAGAUUCACAUUUUAGUACCUGAUGUUUUACCUUACACUUAAAAAUUACACGUAAAAAGGUGUUUUAAUGUUCUAAUGCUAUAAUCUCACGUUAGUUUUGUCUUCUUUGCACGUUAGCGUCUCUGUUAGCCUGUUGGCAGUAUUACUCUCCAUUGUCUUAAGUGGCUUUCUGUACUUAUUUUCUAUCCUCUGUUUGCACUAAUGUAAAAUAACUUGAGAGGGGAAACUCAUUCCUGUCUCUACAUUCACCGGUCUGUCUUUUCACAUCAGUAAGAAAUAGGGUGAGGAGAGCCCCCUCUUGAGAAGUCACUUGACCAUUGGAAUGAGUCUUUCCUCUGUUAGACUGGCCAAUGCCCUCUGACUGGGGUAUAUAGGAGGGAUGGGGAAAUAAGGCUUCUUGAACCUCUAUGGGUGGGAUCAGUCAAUGGGAGCUCUCCACUUUAACAGAGAGAUCCUAUGGAUCAGAGCAAUUAAUGAUUGACAAACUAUGGUAUUAGUGGGAUUCAGAAGCCUUGUUUUUUUCCCCCAUCUCUUUUACGUUUCACAAACCCUGUCAGUUUGUCUUUGCAUGCUGGUACAUAGGAUUAGGGAGCUACACCAGUGACAUGUUAUAAAUCAUUAUUUUGUAUACUACAAUGGGGAAAUUGCACAAAUAGAACAUGUAUUUUUAAGUGAUAACUUUUUGAAAAAGGGAAAAAAAAAUAAUGACAGAAGUUAGUUAGAAGGUAACCCGAAAGAACAAACUUGUACAGCUUUUUAUUUUUCUGUAGUUUUAGAGAAAUUAGGGACUUUUUGCUGCCAGUAGUGUGGCCACUUAUGACAUCACCAUUGUUAUGUAAACAAUAGCUGUCAACCUCUGACCCCUCCUAGUGACAUGUUACAUUAUAACAUCACCCUGUAAACUUGCCUGCCUCAUACCUCACCUCUUAGUAUGUACUGAAAGUUUAGGGUUAUUAUAGUAUUUCAGUGGAUAUAACACUAAUAUUAGGAUGAUGAAAUAAUGGUGUAAUUGCUGUGAGUUGAUCCUACCAUGUUGUUUUUAAAACCAAUAACUCUUUGAUGUUGUGUUGAGGAUCAAGUGAUGAUGUAAUCAGUCGGUGAUCUGUUCUUGUCCAGUGGAUGUAGAAACAGUAGUAGAACACAAAAUCGUUGUAUGUACUUAUGGAGACAAUGUAACGGAGGUAGGGAGGUUUCUGUUCAAAGACAGGAGAGAGCCUUCAAACACCAACAUUUCUAUAACCUCUUGUCUACAUCCACAACUGCCAACCUUCAUCAGCACUAUCUGUCAUAGCAACGCUAUGCUUGGUACGCCACAAUCCUGUCAAAUCGUCAGCAGGUAACUAAGCUCAGUGCACAAUAAUUGCAGUCGCACACAAACCGAUCAGGUCCAGUCUACCACUACUCUACACCCAGAGCAGUGGUUCCACAGUAGUAGAGGAUUAUGGAUUGCGUUAGGAUGAAGAGUGGCGAUGUUGUUACUCCAUGCUUGGGGGAUAAUGUUUUAACAUUAGCAAGCCCAGCAUCCUGCAGCUUGAGUAGCCAUGUAGUAGUAUAAUGACAUCAGUGAUUGAUAAGGCUACAGAUAAGUAUAGGCUAGAACCUGAAGACCUAGCUAAGUGGUUGUUGUAGGAACUCUAUAGUAAAACUACUGUUGUAGUAACGAAGUAUUUAGAAGCCGCCUGACACCUAUAGACAGCAACUAGACAUCCCAGGUAAGAAGUCCACGGUAGUGCCAGUUCUGUCCUCGCUAUUAGAAGUCGAAUCAUGGUGUCUAAUGGAAGCUUUUCCCUGGAUCAAAGUGUCGUGACGAGGUAAUGGGUUUCAGUUGAAUGUCUUCGAAGGUAGAUUUCUUUAGUAAGGGAAGCCAGCAGACCUCUAGGUACUGUACAGAAUCACAUGCAACUAUCUUUCAAUUGUAGCAAGCUUCAAAAGCAUUCACAACCCCUAGCAUGUGCUGCAUGCACUUUUAUCUACUUUUACUUCAGAUAAAUCAAAUGAAUGGUAAGCAAUAAUGUCACACUAAAGGAAUCCUUAGCAUUGAACCACAUUGCAAUGAGAAAGUUAAGCCGAACUGAAAUAUAUACUAGCUAGGGUGGGGUUUGGGCUCCUUGAAACUGGAGUCAAAUUGAGUAGUAUAAUUUGGGUUGUCUUGGAGCGGCACGGCGUUGUCACGGAGAUCAGAGAAGGUUGUUGACUCGGAUGAAGCUCUGCCCCUUUCGUCGCCUGGUCCCUCUAUUUUAGCAAACAUAUCAGCGUAUAUCCACACUUUAUCUAGAGAUUUAUAUUUAUAUAAACACAAGCAACAAAAAAAGGCUGCCUUUAUACAUACCCAAAAUUUCAGGCAUUUACAAUCUCAUUUAUUUUUAAUGCACUAUACUUCUCCCAUUUGGGGUUUUUAUGUUUACUUGUCUUGUCAUGUGGUACUACAGUACAUAAAUUUAUUGGGUAAGUGUUUUUGUUUUGUAACCAUAUUAUUGACUAGUGGUACAAACUUUUUGGGCCAGAAUUGCAUCUGGAGCUCAUUUCAAAUAAAAUGAUGAUAUGUUGACUUUA